AUGGGGUCGGCGGUGUUUGUGUCGGUCUGGCGCAUGGUGGUGGAUGUGGUUAUGUUCUGGAAAGGGAAAUUAUUCCAAUGGUACUACCGCCGCAGCCCCGUUGAGGUCUGGCUUGACGUGCUGCACAACGCGUCCGAGUUCGAGGAAUGGGAGGAGGCGGCACUACAUCUAGACAGCUUGCUGGGCCUGGACCUCUGGCGCGCCAACCCGCAGAGCCACCACUACGACUACCGCCUCAUCGACGAGCGCCUGGCGAGCAUCGAUGUCGCGCGAGACAACGGCGACGUACACGGCAUCGUUAACUUGUUACGCAGUGGCCUGGUGCGGAACCUGGGGAACAUCACCGCUCCCAAGCUUUACAAUCGCAGCUUUGCCGGCACCAAGUCCCUCAUCGCCGAGUAUAUCACCCAGGUCGCCGAGGCCAUCGAGGACAUUGGCUCGCUGCCGACGCCCACCCAGGCUCUCGAAGCCACCGGCAGUAUCCACCAAACCUUGGGCGGGUUCGAUGACAGCGGAGAUGGGAGUAAUAACAAUAAUGGGGGCGGUAGCAGCGGUAGGAUGAUGCCCGCCAUGUCGACGCAGACCAAGCUCGACUUCAUCCAUGACACGAGACAAGCAUUCGGACGGAGCACGCUUGUGCUCCAAGGCGGAGCCAUCUUUGGACUCUGCCAUUUGGGCGUUAUCAAGGCAUUGUUUCUCCGCGGCUUGCUCCCGCGCAUUAUUACGGGCACCGCGACAGGCGCGCUUAUUGCGGCCCUCGUAGCCAUCCACACCGAGGAGGAACUACCCCGAGUUCUCAAGGGGGAUGGGAUAGACCUGUCUGCCUUUUCGGGUAAGGCGAAUUCCCCGACAGGGGCCGCAGAUACAGGAGCCAACCAGUCUCUCUGGAGCCGGUGGACAACGGUCAUGCGGAGGGCACGGCGGUUCCGAAGAGAGGGGCACUUUUUGGACGUCAAGGUCCUGGAAGAAUGUGUCCGGGCCAAUGUCGGCGAUCUCACCUUUGAGGAGGCGUACCAGCGCAGCAAGCGGGUGCUCAACAUCACUGUUGCAACGGCUGGGCAGGGCGGCGUGCCUACCCUGUUGAAUUACCUAACAGCCCCCAAUGUGUUGAUCUGGACAGCCGCGGUGGCAUCCAACGCCUCGGCGCCGUCCCUCUACGGACAAUUACAGACGAGGGUGCUUUGCAAGGAUGCACAGGGUCAUAUUGUCCCAUGGGAACCGGUCACGGUCGACUUCCGGCAUUGGACACACGUCUCAAUCUCGGACCAGGAGUCUCCCUUGUUGCGCAUUGCAGAGCUGUUCAACGUGAACCACUUCAUCGUCAGCCAGGCGAGGCCGUAUCUGAUCCCCUUUCUGCAGAGCGACAUGCAUGGGCCGUCUCUGGUGGAGACACGCAACAAGACUACGUCGGUCACGGCAUUCCUGGUGCGUAUGAUGGGGCUCGAGAUUCGCCACCGACUGCGUCAACUCGACACGCUGCAGCUGCUUCCUGCAGGGAUCCGCCGCUUUCUCGUCGACGAGAGAGUUCCAGGAGCCAGUGUCACCCUUGUGCCCGAGGUAACGACGGGCGACUUUGUGAGGCUGAUGGAAACGCCAACCAAAGAGACGCUCGAGUAUUGGAUACUGAGGGGGGAGCGGAGCGUGUGGCCGGCCGUGGCAGCACUCAAGAUUCGAUGUGCCGUCGAAACUGAACUCGACCGGGCGUAUCAGCAGGCGCGACGGCUAAAGGCUGGAGGGCUACGGCGGAAAGCAAGUACCAUGACGCCCAUGAAUGCGCCACCAGACAACGAGGUGAGGGAAAGGGAGCGAAGGGAGAGGGACCGAGCCCACAGCACAGGCGCAAGAUGCUUGCCAACUUCGUCCUAA